AUGUGGAACGACGAGGAUAACAAUCCCUAUGGCGCAUUUGAUGGCCAAGCCCAUCUUUCCGAAUCAUUGCAUUCGGCUACAAUAUCCUCUCCUCUCUAUAACCGCGAGUACACCCCUCCGUCGCCUUCCAGCCGAGCUUCCACCCAGGACCCACCAGAUUACUCGGAACAACAGCGAGACCUCAGUGAUGACGAGGAAAACGGGGGCUACGGGGCCCAACAACGGGGACAUGGCUACUCCCGCAAGAGCGUUUAUGACAGUCGCAUAGAACAGAUCUUGUACGAAAACCCGGAGAUGCCGAUUCUCAUUACGGAUGCCGGAAAGAACCACGAGGGCGGCGGGAGCUUCAUAGUCUACAUCAUACGGACAGGGGACCUGGAAGUGCGACGGCGGUACUCGGAAUUCGCUUCGCUACGACAGACACUCGUGAACCUCCAUCCUACUCUCGUUAUCCCGCCUAUUCCUGAGAAACAUACAAUGGCCGACUAUGCCGCGAAACCCACCAAGGCUAAGGAAGAUAUAGCCAUCAUAGAGCUCCGGAAGCGUAUGUUGGCCGUAUUUCUGAACCGGUGUCGCUCAAUGAAGGAGGUCCGAGAUGAUGGUGUCUGGUGGAGAUUUCUGGAUCCCAAUGUUAGCUGGAACGAGGUUCUUCACUCCCAUCCGGCAUCUUCAGUCCCCAAGAACAACCUGAAAGCGCCCCCACUAGACCCUGCGAAUCCGACCACUGCACACGCAUGGUUGCCUAUUCCCUCUGCCUCUUCAAAGCUCAAAAAUACUCCGGGUACAGUGUCAGCCGCCACGUCUCCCACCACCGAUGCACCUGGUCCUAACAUUUUGGGACGGUUUCCACCCGAUUCUCGCAAGCUGAGCGAAAAGGAUCUCGAUCCCUAUUUUGUCAACUUUGAGGCUUCUACUCGCGAGCUCGAGCUUCUUCUCCAAGGCAACAUCGAGAAGGUGAAUCGACGGACACUGGCCCACCUAUCCUCGUUAUCCGCCGACUUGAUGGAGCUGGGUGCACGAUACAACGGCUUCUCUCUAUCCGAGCAAUCGCCCACCGUAGCAGCAGCCAUUGAGCGGAUCGGCCAGGCGGCGGACACUUCAUACAUUGAAACCGAGGAGCUGUCCUCUUCCCUGGGCGCGAGCUUUGCGGAGCCCAUGAGAGAAAGCGCUCAAUUUGCCAGCGUGGUCCGCAGCGUUCUGCGAUACCGUGUUCUCAAGCGGGUGCAAGAGGAGAUGACACGGGAUGAGCUAGCGAAGAAGAAACUGCUGCUCGAUUCAUUAGAAAGAAGCGAGAUGGAGGCAAAACGCAUUGAGCAAUAUCUCAACCGCUCAUCUCCCCAACCCGCAGGAACCAAACAACGUUCCUUGUCCACCUCAUCUGCCACCAGUGCACCUGGUGGCCACGAGGAAGAAGCACACCCCAGUGGUCCAGAUGACACCGCGUCGAUCGACUCCGACUUUCCCCCUACCCAUGGUGAAUCCAUCGGCUCUCACCCGCACCUUUCCCCAGUUUCCCCGCCUCGGCGGCCCGAUGCGGCAUCUCCAGCACACCGCAAGACUUCUAGUGGAACCUUCAUGACGAACAAGAUCUUUGGUCGUAUCAGUCACGCAGUCCAUGGGUUUGUUGAUGUUGACCCUGAAAGGACGCGACGCGACCAGAUCGGAAAAACUAAGGAGAGCCUUCUCCAGCUGGAACAGGCACUAGAGGUAUCCGAGAAAGACGUCAAAGACGCUAGCGCAGGCGUCCUGCAAGACCUCAGGCGGUUUCAGAAAGACAAGGAGACAGAUCUACGACGGUACAUGGUCGCAUACGCCCGGUGCCACUUGGACUGGGCACGGAAGAAUCUUGAGACAUGGACAGAGGCCAAGGACGAAGUGGAGAAGAUUGUUGUCCGGUAG